GCGCGGCGAAUUCGCUGCAUCGACGCUUCACUAUGGAUUUGCUCGCAAUUCGCCAGUGUGAUAAGAGCCUAAUGUUAAUCCAUCAUUAUUAAUUUUAUUUAGCAAUACAUUAAUAUGUAAAAUUUUAACAUGGAAAAAAUACUGCAUCCGCUCGAUCCACACAGCAAUGUAAAUAAAUUUACUGGAUAUGAUUCCGAUAAGUACAUAUUAGACGACGUGACCAUGACCAUACUUACCGAUGAAGCCCUCACGCCUGGACGACCGCCAUGCUUGACGCAGAAAACCAUUGGCAAAUUUCUACAACCUUUAACUAGGGAACUAGUGGAAGUGCCGCCAAGGCCAACUAUAGACGAAUUACCCGACGCUGUUAUAGAAAACAUGGUGCAAAAGGAUAAAGCAUUUUGGGUGGACAAGCCCGGUAGUAAUGCGUACACUCUGCACGAUGCAUAUUACAAUUACGGAAUGACAACAGAGAUGGUGAAACCUAACCAUCAAGACGUAUUUCCUCGUUCGUAUCAGUACGACCUUGAUUGCAUCCGCUAUCGGCGGCAGCAUGGCUGCGAUGGCUUGAAAAACACUACGGGCGAUGAGAAACCAUUAGGCGCCCAUUGUCGCGUUUGUCGAAAAUUUACGAAAGGACUAACUCCGUUUCAACUUGCCUGGGCUGAAGACACCGGGCAAAAGCGAUGGAAAUAUUAUCCUGAUCUAACUGCCACCAUGUCUGCGACGGAAAUUCGAAGAUUGAUGGACCAGGUUGGUCGUCCUUUUCAAAACGAAGCCUGUAACUGGUACUACAAGAAUUAUCCUCCUGUGAAAUAUGAUUGUAUUUUGAGAAAAUUUUCGAAAUAAACCAUUUUGUACACUAAAA